UGGAAUCAACCGUUCCCAGGACCAACGGUGCCAACCUACUACUUUGCAAGGCCGCUUGCCGAAACUGAUCUCCCUCAUAAUCUACGCGCCGUGCUCCUUCGUUCCCCUCCUCCCCGAGAAAUUUCUUCCCAAAAUGUCGAAGCCAGAGGAAUUGGUGCCGAGAUUCAAGCUCGGACGCCUGCUCAACCAGGACCAGGCAGGGCGGAGGACGUCGCUAUGCGGCACCAUCGACGAGCAGCCUGCGCUGCUGAUUCUCGAGCGCGCCCCUUUCCCCAGCUCCAGUGACUACCUGGGCUCUAUAACGGGUAGCCUGCGAACGCUCAAGAAUCUCGGUGCCAAUGACAUCUACUAUUGGUACAUGGCCGGCAGCGGUGCAGUUGACGGUGCGGACAGUGCCGAGUUUGCCGACCUCAAGAUCAACCUGAUCUACCCUUGCACAGAGCAACACAUCAAGAAGUAUAGCAAGCAGGGAGUGCGCUUCGUGACCGAGACCCCAGAAAUCUACCGCCAAAGGAUCUGGCCGCACAUGCAGGCCAAGCGCGACGAGGGCCGGCUGAACUGGGUGUUCAAUAUCAUUGAGGGCCGCAAAGAGGUGGAAGAUGUGAUAUACAGAACCCCUCUCGGCCAGGCGGGCGAGGAGGGGU